AUGGGCAGAGAUGAUUAUGGCGAGUGCGUCAAAUGCCCAUCAGAAACAACUAUCAAUCAGCUGGUUUCUGGAGAGGACAAAUGUCAUUUUCCAGGCUACAAAGUUCGUGAUUCUAUACGGGAUUUCAUAACAGUGAAGCAACAAUACGAUAACGCUUCUUGGGUUCAACAACAGGGCUCGCACUUAGCCUUUUCGCUCAGUCGCUGUUCAGGGAAGCUGGCCAUACCUCGCAACGAUCUUCAAAUGCAAUUGAAUGCCAGUAAUCCUUUCUAUGUGGACGCCGUAGGACGGUCUUAUCAGAGGACUAUGGCACGAUUGGAUAAAAUUAUGGACCAAAUGCAGUCAGCGAUGAACGACAUCUUUUUCAAGGACGUGUUCAAGGAAUUUGUGACAGACUACGUGCAGUCGUUUUAUGAUGAGCUCAAACAAAGGUAUUCGGAGUUAAGACGAGAGCCUUCCACUUCCCUCGCCUCUUAG